CGGGAUGGUGCCGCCCUCCCGCGAGCCCCAGCGCAGCCUGGCUCGCCGCCAGGAAGUGCUGGCCCACCGCUUGGCCGCGUGGGCAAGCGCACGCCCAUGGUCAGAGGCGGCUGCUGCCUGGCCACCGCUAACGUGACAUCACGGGGGCCCUUGAACGAGUACCUCCUUCAGGCGGAUGGCCAGACGACCCUGGCACUGGCCGUGCAAGGGCACCACUGCGCGGCAAGUGUCUUGGCGACGCAGCAGCGGGCGGCCAAGGAUGCAGGGUGGCACGGGGUCUGGAGUGCCGCCACACCGUCCCCUACCUCGACGACUGGGUCGAUCGGCGGGGUCGCGGUGCUGGCCCCCGCCAGCAUCCAGCUGACGGGGCCCCCUGGGCGCGACUCGCAUGUGCUGGUGCCUGGGCGCCUGGUCGCUGGGCAUGUUCGAGCAGGACCUCAGGGGGGCGCGGUGGUGCCGAGCGUGCACCUACACGUCGGAGAGAGCCUCUCGGCGAACAACCUAGGCAUCCUCUGGCAGCUGGCCCAGCACCUCGGCGUGCUGGAGGCGGAGGGCUACCACUGGGCGGCCACGGGCGACUGGAACAUGGAGGCGGACGUCCUGGACUUCGGCUGGGUCCGAAAGCUGCGCGCGCAGAUUCGGGCCACGCACGACGACCAAGGCCUGCAGAUCCUUUGGGGCCUGCUGUUGGAGGGGGUCGAGACGGAGAUCCUCAACAGGCGGGACUUGGUGGGGCCUGCCCGCCGCGCCUUCGCAGGUCGUGGCACGCGGAAGGUGGGCGCUGGCUUGAGAUGGGAGAUAGCGCAGUGGAGGCCACCCCAGAAGCGGAAGCUGCGGGGGCUAGAGGCCCACGCCUGGGCGGCGCUGGUGGCUGGGUGGGCGUCCGGGGGCAAGUGCAUGAAGUCGAUCGCGGCCACCCUGGCGCACCUCAGGACGUUCCUGGCGGACAUCGAGGACCAUGUGCACUGGCGAAUCUUGCCGCCGUGGGCACAACGGCCUUUCCGAGCCGACGCCAACUGGGCAGAGGCCGACUUCGAGCGGGACUUCAAGCGCGCGCUGGCUGAGGCGAGGGAGAGGCUGAGGAAGCUGGUCCAGGCCCCUGGAAGGAGCGGGUGGAUGAUGCCUUCCUGGGCGGCGCUGGCGCGGCGCACGCGACCUCCAAGGUGCCUGUGCUUCAGGAGGCACUGCCCGCGCUGCAGGAAAAAAGGCUCGGCGGCCUUAGUGGACGGGGAGAUGAAGCCGUGGAUCGACAUCUGGAACUACCGCGGCCUCACCAGCGUGGAGCUGCCGAACGACGCGCACACGCGGGACGAGUUGCCGCCAGUGCAGCUGCACAACGUCCGCGAUGUGCUGCGCUCCUUCCCAUGGCGCACAUGGGUGGGCCAGUCGGGCAUUCCGCCGAGGGCGCUGGAGGAUCUCUCCGACGACGCCCUGCGCGCCAUGAUCGCGGUCUACCACAAGUGCGAGGAGCUCCUCGCGUGGCCGAGUGGCCGCCUCAUCAACACCAUGGUGAGGUUGCCCAAGCCUGACGGGGGCUGCAGGCUGAUCGCGACCUUGGUGAGACUGUGGAGUCGAGCGCGAAGGCCGAUCACCAAGGCCUGGGAGCUCGCCCAUCCUUCGCCCCUGGUCUGGAGCACAGGCCCUGGACGCUCGAGUUCUGGCUCCGCGUACGAGCUGAACCUGGCCAAGGAGCAGGCUCGCCUCGGCGGCUCGGAUUCAGCCCAGGUUGCCCUCGACCUCUGGAAGGCCUACGAGCUGGUGGCGCCUGAGGCUCAGCUGGUGGACGCCCGAGCGCCGGGGUCCCCCCUGAGGCUGGCGUGGGUGCUGCUGAGCACCUAUCGGCAGCCAAGGACGCUGGCGGCGUUCAACACUACGUCGGACCUCUUCGUGGCCUGGCAGGGGAAAAUCGCAGGUUGCGGCCAUGCCAACUCGCUGCUGCUG